AUGGCUGAGUGUGAGGAGGAGCACGAGUGGAAGGGUGUGGCUGGGAGCGUGGCGUGGAACCCUGAGACCUUCAGAGCAGCAAUGCUGCGGGCCUUGCCAGACUCUGCCGCCUGGCUCCGGGAGCCUCCUUUCCCUGCCCCCGGCAAUGGUCAGAACUUGGUGACUGAAGACGUGACGGUGGUAGAGGGAGACGUCGCCACCAUCAGCUGCCGCGUCAAGAACAGCGACGACUCAGUGAUUCAGCUCCUGAAUCCCAACAGACAAACGAUUUAUUUCCGAGAUUUCAGACCGCUGAAGGACAGCCGGUUCCAGCUGGUCAACUUCUCCAACAGUGAGCUCCGAGUCUCCUUGACCAACGUCUCCAUCUCUGAUGAAGGAAGGUACUUCUGCCAGCUCUACACUGAUCCGCCCCAGGAAAUUUAUACCACGAUUACAGUGCUCGUCCCACCACGCAACUUGGUAAUUGAUAUCCAGAAAGAAAUCGCCGUUGAGGGAGAGGAGAUUGAGCUGAACUGCACUGCCAUGGCCAGCAGACCAGCAACCACCAUCAGAUGGUUCAAAGGGAACAAGGAGCUAACCGGCAAGUCGGAGGUGGAGCAGUGGUCCGACAUGUACACAGUGACCAGCCAGCUGGUGCUGAAGGUGGGACGGGAGGACGAUGGCGUCCCCGUCAUCUGCCUGGUGGAUCACCCUGCUGUCAAAGACUUGCAGACGCAGCGUUACCUAGAAGUCAUGU